CUCCAACAAACCCGACGCGCCGAAUUUAUUACCACAAUAUCGAUAUCGUACACCAAUAUCCUCUCCAACGGUGCGAUCCGGUGCUACCAUCACUGCCACUCCGUGACCAGUGAGUGUGAGCAGCUAGCUCCGUGAGAUGCAACCAGCUGCGGCGCCGGCAAUGCCGUCCAUCCUGCUGCUCGCCCUGCUCGCGGCCACGGCCCUGGGCGCCGGAGCUGUGAGGACGCCGACGCUGGUGUUCAUCCUGGCGGGCCAGUCCAACAUGGGCGGCCGGGGCGGGGCGACACUCAACAACCGCUGGGACGGCGUGGUGCCGCGGGAGUGCGCCCCCUCGCCGCGCACGCUCCGCCUCUCGCCGGCCCUGCGCUGGGAGGAGGCCCGGGAGCCGCUGCACUCCGGCAUCGACGUGGGCAACGUGCUGGGGGUCGGCCCGGGCAUUCCGUUCGCGCACGCGCUGCUGCGCGCCCCGGCCUGCCCCAAGGGCGCCGUCGUCGGCCUCGUCCCCUGCGCGCAGGGCGGCACCCCCAUCGCCAACUGGUCCCGCGGCUCCCACCUCUACGACCGGAUGCUCACCCGCGCCCGCGCCGCCGUCGCCGGGACCAAUGGCAAGGGGAGGGUCGCGGCCAUGCUCUGGUUCCAGGGCGAGACCGACACCAUCCGGCGCGAGGACGCGCUGGCCUACACGGGCAGGAUGGAGGCGCUUAUCCGUGAUGUCCGGCGAGACCUCGGCAUCCCAAACCUCCUCGUCAUCCAGGUCGGGAUCGCGACGGGGCAGGGCAAGUUCGUGGAUCUGGUGCGGAAGGCGCAGCGGGCGGUGCGGGCGCCCAACCUGAGGUACGUGGACGCCAUGGGCCUCCCCGUCGCCAACGACUUCACGCACCUCACCACGCCGGCGCAGGUCCGGCUGGGGAAGAUGCUCGCCGACGCCUACGUCGCCACGCUCCACUGAUUGACAAUCCAGUAACCAUGAUUAGUGAUUAGUGCGUGUGCCUGCCUGAUUACUAAUUAAUAAGCACCUGGAUUGCUUAGUUUGAUAUCUCUAGUCCAUAUACUAUCACUGAUCCGCUCAAGAGUUUGGUGAUGAUUAGUUGUGGUGGGUCGCAGAUUAAGUGGCUGAUGAAAGAAUCUCCUUAAUCAGUCUGUAUUAGCAGCAGCAGCAGCAGCGUAGUAGCAUGUGUGUCAGGCUCCCAAAGGAUGCAACUGAUUACCAGAUUAUUGCUGCCAUUAGCAUGAUUUAUGCAUUUGUGUAUGUACGGUGCCGAAGUUACUGCGUAGAUUAUUUUUCUUCCGUCUUACUUUUGGUUCUCACUUGUAAAAUGUAAAGCCAGCUGGGCUGCAUUAUUCGACACCAACAUUAUCAGAUUUAUCUAUGAGGUUACUGAAAA